AUAAUCUAUAAAGAAGAUGUGGUGAUACAAUACACUGACUAUCGUUGUGUGAGUUACUUGAAUAUUACAUUGAAAGAUACACAUUAAAUAAGAUUAAAUUGCAGAGUGACAUAAAGCUUUCGUCUAUUGUGAAUAUAAUAUGGGAACGAUGAAGAGCAACACAUUGGUAUACCAAAUAUUUUACAGCAUUAUUUCAAGAUUUUUUUUUGGUGUUAAUUUGAGUGAUGUAGAACAAUCUGAUGAUGGUGAAACAGGCGUCGUUGUGGAUGAUGAUAUGAAAACAUUUGCUAAACAUAAUGCCCGUUUGACCGUAUCAACAGCAAUCUUCCUUAUCCUCGCUUGGAUCUUUGGAAGCUUUGGUAUUGGAUUUAUUUGGCUCAUCCCGUUCCUCUUUCUCGUCUUUACCUGGUGGAACAGAACUUCAGCUCACGUUCUGAAGACUUCAAUGCGAUUUGCUGAGAUGCAAGCGCAUCGGGAACGCGCAUUUCAAAAUGCAGAGACCGCUGAAUGGUUAAACUUCGUCAUAAAUAGAUGGUGUGUUUUUAGUGAGAGCUCCAUCCUUUCCCUGAUCAAGACUAAUCUCGAUCCUUAUCUAGAAGAAUUUAAACCAUCAUUCAUAGAGUCAAUUGAGGUGGAGGAUUUCACUGUAGGUAAUCGUACACCUUACUUUAAAUACAUCGAAUGCUUUGACUCGUUUGAAGACAAUCGAAAUAUAAAAGCGUCGGAGAUAACGUUGAGAUUUCCGCCAGAGGGAUUGGCAACAAUGCCUAAGUACAAAGCAGUUAUGAACCUUGAUGUUGGUUUAUCUAGUCCAGACUCCAAGUUUAUCAUUCGAGUGAGACUUGCGAAAGGAGGAUUUUUGGAUCUCAGCACUAGCAUUUCUGUAGAAGAUCUUCACAUCAAUGGAAAGAUGCAGAUUGUGCUUUCAUUUAAUCGCAACAUUCCAUUUCCACAUCUUGCUGCCAUAUCUCUCUGUUUUCUUGAGGAACCCAAAGUUGAAUUCGACAUACGACUAUUGAAGUCAGUUCAACUGAUGGAAUUUCCUCUUUUGAAGAACUGGAUGGCUAGUCUUCUCAACGAUUGCUUGAAACUAUCUUUGGUUGAUCCCGGUAGAAUAACAAUUCCUUUAUGCGAUGAUCCUGAUGUCCUUGGCCAUGGCUCACAGUUUGCUUGCGGAGUUCUAACGUUGACAAUUAAUGGAGGGUUCGAUGGCCCUCUUACAGAUGAUACACAUUGGUGUGCAUUGAGGUUGGGCGAACAGCACUGUCAACUUAAGGAAAUCACCAAUGGAAACGAAUGGUCGGACAAAGUCUCUGUUCUUGUGUACAAUUUAAGUUGUGAUGAGCUGACAAUAAAAAUGAAAGCGAAGAGAAAACUGGGUAAUAAAUACACAGUUUUGGAGUAUCACCUCCCUUUAGCAAGAUUUACAUUGGACGUUGUCGGAAGUCAUGAGGAAACCUUGGAGAAGAGUCGUCAACGAGGUUCAAAGAUGAAAAUUUUUCUUGAAUACACUUCCCUUCCUGUGGUGAACAUUACUGAGGAUACUACAAACGAAAACUUUCAAGAAAACUACAAUAAGAUUAAAGAGCACAAUAUUGAGACAAAUGAAGUUGCAGGUGUUGUAUGUGUCGUUGUUCACAGUGCUCAAAAUUUACUUCCCAUGGACAAGAACGGUCUCAGCGAUCCUUACUGCAUUUUGUAUAAAAACAAACAAGAGGUCAAACGUACGAAUUCUGUUGCAAACACUCUUAAUCCAGUGUGGGAUAACGUGAUCGAAUUUUGUACUGCAGACUACACAAGAACUGUCAUGUCAUUGGUUAUACAUGACAAAGAUGUCACAGCUCUUGAGACAUUAAGGAUAAAAGAUGAUCCGGAUGACUUCAUGGGAUCAUGCAAUUUUUGUCUAAGCAAGGAUGAACCAUAUUUUUUCAAGAAGAAGAUUGACGUGAUGUUCCGAAUCAGCUCUAUGGAAGACGGCCUCAAAAAGGCGGGAAUAAUUUAUAUUUCCGCACUUUUUCGUCCAGUCGCCACCGUCGCUACGACUGAAAAAUUACGUCCAAUGGAAGGCUUACCUGAUGGAGAGCCGUUGCAUAAAAAAUACCUUAAAAAGAAGAAAGAUAGCCAAGCUUUAGACGCUUUAAUGAUCGCAGAAAGAGGAGGAAUGGAAAUUCAGAUCAUUCAAGGGCGAGAUCUCGUUGUGAUGGAUGUGACAGGCAAAAGUGAUCCAUUCGUUACCAUAAAAUACGGCACAAAGGAGAAGUAUCGCACUAAAGUCAUCUACAACACUCUUACACCGGUGUGGAAUGAGACCUGCAGACUUCCUCUUCCAAAUAAAAAUGAUAAAUUAACCAUUGACGUUUGGGAUAAAGAUCCAUUAAGUCAAGAAAAAAUGGGUCAUGUGACCUUUACACUGGCACAAUUAAAACAAAUGAGAAACCGUCUUGGUGCAAAGGAAUGGUACGAACUUAAGAAAGUCAAAAGCGGUGAAAUUCAAAUAGGAUUUACAUACAUUUCCUCUCAGUCGGAACAAGAUACGAGUAAUUCUAUCAUCGAGGAGGAAGAAGAAUCAGGUGCAAGAAAUGUGAAGUUAUUCAUUGUUUUUGACUUUUGCACAACAGAUUCAACGUUAGACACGGAAGACGAGAAAAUGAAUCACAGCGAAAAUGGCGAUGAUGCCAGUAGCUCAAAGGACGUGACAUUUCACAAUGUCUCAGGGGAAGUUGGUGAUGUAAAGAAUUUACCUGAACAAAAAGAUAUGCCUCAGGUGUAUUUUAAAGGAAGACUUGACAGCCACAAAGGAUGGAAAAAAAAUCGAGCAAGUUUCACUCAUAAGAACGUGCUUUUCAAGACGACACUUCUUCCGUACUCUUCGCGACAGCAUUUAGGAAUGCCGUUCAAGCAGCGGGGACCAAUCAAUUCAAGCAUGUAUAUCAUUCUCGAGGCAAAAGGAAAAGGCAAAACUCAAGAGACCAUUGACCAUGUUGCAAUCACCCUUGGAGAAUUGUUUGCAGGCAAAAAGUAUUGUUCUCGUUGGUUGAAAAUGGAAAACGGCACAACCAUCCACAUAACCAUGACGUGUGAAGAAAUUAUGGGGAUUUCUUUGAAAAUUUGAUGUUUCACAUUGGGAAUUUUUGGGAGAAAAUGACAAUUAAUGAAUUCUUUUCUAAUAGACUGCACCUGAUCUAACUUUCACUGCUUUGACAUAAUGCUCCAUUUUCAAAAAUAUUUAUAAUAAGAACUUUACCUCCUUAGCCUUAAUACAUGCCAAAUGUAAUAAAGAAAAAAAUAUAACAGAUGCAGAAACAUCUGUUCAUACAAUGGAAUAUAUGUUUUACAAAAUCGGUAAUAUUUUGGCUCUAAAAUUUGUACAGAAAUCAACAGCAUUGGUCUUAUAUCUACUGUAAUAAGCUGUUAGAAUAUAUUCUGACUAACCGCAACUGUUGGAAAAUAGUAAUGAAAAAAAGUUGCGAUCACAAUUAAUACAGCCAUAUUUUCUACAAACAAGUCGAUUUUGCAAAGUUUCAAA